GAAAGAAAAAUAUCAAUGAGGCAAAGCAGAGAGGAACUUAUCAAGAGAGGAGUUCUGAAGGAAAUAUAUGACAAAGUGCCAGCCCUAUCUGAAUUGGAGCCAUGUUCAAUAUCUGGGGAUUCCUGUAGUUAUGAAAUACUCCCAAAUCCAGAGGUCAUGGAUGGAACAGUGUCUGAAGAGAGUCCCACGUCCAGUGAAUCUGGAAUCCACCUCCCUCAAGAGCCUACAUCUAAACCAGUCUUGCUACUCCCCCCUAAAAAAUCUGCUGCUUUCUCUGGAGAUCAUGAGGACGCCCCAGUGAAGCAGCUCUCCCUCCUCAAACAACCCCCUGCCCUGCCUCCUAAGCCCAUUACCAAGAUUGCCAACCAUUUAGCUGAUCCCGGUGCUCCGAUGAAGCUGCCUUGUAUGCCAGUCAAACUAUCACCUCCGCUACCUCCAAAGAAAGUCAUGAUUUGCAUGCCUUUAGGGGGACCCGAUUUCUCCCUUGCCUCCUAUUCCACACAGAAGAAUUCCCAGCAACCAUUGACUUCGCAUCAUCACACAGUGCUACCAUCACAGUUAGCAGCACACCAGCAUCAGUACGGCAGCCACAGCCCACAUAUGCCUUCUGGAUCCAGCACGUUACCCAUGCACCCUUCAGGAUGUCGCAUGAUCGAGGAGUUGAAUAAAACACUGUCCAUGACCAUGCAGCGGCUAGAAAGCUCCAGUUUACAUGGCAGUGACAGCAUCCCAAAAAGUGGACCUGGAGGCUUUUCAGAUAUGAGACAAGUGCCAACCGUUGUGAUCGAAUGUGAUGACAAUAAAGAAAAUGUGCCUCAUGAAUCUGACUUUGGCGAUUCUUCAUGCCUCUAUACAAGAGAAGACGAGGAUGAGGAGGAAGAGGAAGAUGAUGACAGCUCAUUAUUUUCAAGUUCCCUGGCAAUGAAAGUUUGCAGGAAAGACUCUUUAGCUAUCAAGUUGAGCAACAGGCCAUCCAAGCGUGAACUGGAGGAGAAGAACAUCCUCCCCGUGCAGACCGACGAGGAGCGGCUGGAGCUCAGGCAGCAGAUCGGCACCAAACUGACAAGGCGGCUGAGCCAGAGACCGACUGCUGAAGAAUUAGAGCAGAGGAAUAUUCUCAAACCACGGAAUGAGCAAGAGGAACAGGAAGAAAAACGAGAGAUCAAGAGAAGAUUAACCCGCAAGCUAAGUCAAAGGCCUACAGUUGAAGAGUUGAGAGAGAGGAAGAUUCUCAUCCGUUUUAGUGAUUACGUAGAAGUGGCCGAUGCUCAGGACUACGACAGACGGGCAGAUAAACCAUGGACAAGGCUAACAGCUGCUGACAAGGCAGCAAUUCGCAAAGAGCUAAAUGAAUUUAAAAGCACUGAAAUGGAAGUUCAUGAAUUAAGCAGGCAUUUAACAAGGACCAAGAAGGAUUCCUCACCAUCCAUUUCUCCCUUUCGAAUGAUUCUUUUGCUGCAACGUUUGGAAGAGUUCAAGAUUUAUGAACUUUUCAUAGCAAGCUUGUUUUCUACAGUGGAACAUGUCACGCUGCCUUUUGCCCUGCUGACUAUUUCAUGUUUCAUAUGGUCCUGUGUAGCAGUUUGA